UGGAACCAAAUGGAAAGUGAGGACGUCAGAGGAGGUUCACAUGGCUCCCACAUGUACAAAAAUCCCCCAACCCAACUCAUGUGAAUCGUGAUGCCCCACUCCCAUCCCCCACUUCGAAACCCAAAGCUGCUCAGGCUCACCGUCGUUUCCGACAAAUACGCUAUGAAGUCAAUCUCCUCGAUUACCAGACUUCAACGGCCACGAUCUCUCCCUCUCCCUCCCCUUUCCCAAUCCUCGCCACGCCCAUAAUCAUGCUCGCCGCCGCAUCCUCCUCCUCCACAACAUGGCUCCGAGCUCACCGUAUCCGCUACCUUGUCCUUCUCCUCUGCUCUCCGAUUCUCAUCCCUUUCCUCUGCGCCAUCUUCCCUCUGCUCUGUGCCGCCGAGCUUUGCCUACGCCUCUGCCGCCGCCGUAUAAAGACUUCUCACGAUGAGGCCGGGGAGGAGGAGGAGCGGAUGCGCCGGUGCGAAGAAGGACGCGGCAGUGGAAGUGCGGCGGCGGCGGCGGGGAAGGAAGACGGGAAAGAAGAGAUGGGGCUGCUGCAGAGGUACUUGGAGGAUCAGCUGCUGCUGGUUGGAUCUGUGUACGAUUGCGGGGACGAUGAUAGUGACGAUUUGUAUCAUGAGAUUCAUGACUAUGAUAAUGAUUCCAACACUACUCCUCUUUUGGCGUGAUUUAUUGUUUUUUUUUUCUUUUCAUUUUUUUUGGUUUUUUGUUUAUGUACAUCACACUUUUUUGGGUUGAUUCUUGGUGAAAUUUGUUUGUGAAGUUUAUGGGGUUCCUUUCUACGAAUUGUGAAUACGAUUUGAAUUUGUUGGUAACUAAA